AUGAAAUGGCGGGCCAUCGGGAAGGGGUCGCUAUUCUAUUGCCGAGCAGGGCGAGGAGGAGGGAGCUAGGCCGCCGGCGCAUCUUCCCCUGGCAGGAGGUCCCGUUGGGCGAAGGUGUCCACCACGAUGACGCUCAGGAGGGUGAGGUUUUCCACCACCGGGGCCAGGUCGCGCGCAGUUGACGGCCCCGCGGUGUGCUGGCGAACGAGCGCCCGACACAGGAGCAGCCCGGCCCCGGCCAGGCGACCAACCUGACGCACGGCCGACAGAACGUCCGAGUUCACUCCGAGAGCCUGAUGCCGGGAGAUAUGUCGCUGAAGGUCGGCUGCCGGGAUGCCGGCGCACCGCUGGCGCACCUCCGCCGUGGUAGUGGUGGUGGCGGUGAGCGUGGUGGCGGCCGUGGCGGCCGUGGCGACGGUGACACUUGCCGAGGGGAGUCCCUCCUCGAGUAGGUCGUCCAGGAAGUCCCCGGCUGCCAGGGACGGACCGGCCACCCGGGCCAGGACCAGGAAGAGCCACGGCGCGCACCGGGCCAGGCCCAGGACCAGGCGAAGAGCCGUGCGCAUGUCCGGGCUCUCGGGCGAGAGGGCCUGGUCGAGCAGAGCCCCGGAGGCCAGGAGAUCGGCCCCCGGGGCCAUGGCCAGUGUAUCGGCCAAGCGCUCCAGUGCCCCGGACGCCCCGGCAUAUGUGCCAACCGGCAGCGACCGGCACUCCAGCCCCGGGAGCAGCGCCACCUCCGGCAGCUGGCCCGAUUGCCCGGGCGCCGCCUGGAUGUCCUGCCAGAAUGCGGACACAGGCUCGACAAAGAGUGGCGGGUGCUCCCACGGACUGGAGCCCGGGGGGCCACGCAGGCGCCCCCGCAGGCGAGCAUACCGCCCGGCGAAGUACACCCGAAAGGGGAUGCCAAGACCGGCGCGGAGGAUCCGAUCGGCAUAGGCCCCCGGCCGAUCGGGGCCGUCGGCCUCGGUCGGGCGCACGGCCGCCUCCAGGUCGGCCAGAUGGGCCGCCGUGUCCGGCCGGGUGAACUGCAAAUCGUGGCGGAUGGCCGCACGUUGGGUGUGGUGCAGGCUUGCGGAGCCGGUGCGCGCGGGUGCCCCCGGGCGCCGGGGCGCCGCCGAUCCCCCGCCGCUCACCUCGCCCGGUGUCCAAGUGGAUGUCACAUUGGCCACCACGACGCUCGGCAUUUCGGACGCCUCGCGGCUGGCCCGGUCCCAGACCCACCCACAGGAGGUCAGCGAACGGAAAUCCCCGGGCGGCAUUCACGGCCAGCCACCCGCGAGGCAAGAUCGGAGACUGGCACGCACCGAACCCGUUGGAGGUAGUCCUCGCCCGUCAUCGGCGGGAGGCUGAGAGCCGAGUCGCCGGCAUCGGCCGCGGCCUCCUCCCCGAGGGGAAUAAAGGACACCGGCUCCAGAUCAAAAAGAAAGGACCUUCGAUGAUCCAUCGGUCGAGGGGGAGGGGGAGAAAAAGAGGGAGAGAGAGAGAGAGAGAG